AACGCGCGAAAUGGGAAAUGGAGGUAAAUAUUAGGCCCAAGUGAUCAGCGAUAUUUUUUUCCCAAAUAAGACAAUUGGAACUAAAUAGAAAAAGAGAGGAAUUUCGGCACUAUGGAGGAACCACAAAACACAGAGGUGGUGCGAGUGGAUUCAAUGGUGAAAGAGGUAGACUCGACGGAAAAGGCAGACUCGGGAAUGGACGAAGAUAGCCAGCACUCCUCUGUACAGGACAAGAUGGAAACAAAAGAUGGCGAGAUCAGUGAAGAAGAUGAAAUUCCUGUUCUCCAAUUAGCAGAUAGUGAUGAUGAAGACAUUCAAAUAAAGCCCAAGAAGAGAAUGACAACAAUAUUGGACGAUGAUGAUGAUGAUGUGGAUUCCUCCAUGCCUGGUUCUGAAGAUGAGGCAAAAAACAAGGUCAAAAAGACAGGUGAGGAAGUGCUGAAUGCUGUUCUUAACUCAAACAAUACAGAUGAAGAUUCUGACAGUGAGGGUAGUGACGAUGACGAGACCCUUAGGGCUGUCACACAGAAGAAGAAAAAGAGGUUACAGGUCCUGGAUGAGACAAGCAAUGAUUCCAGUGUGUCUGGCAGAGGUACAGAUUCUGGACCAUCCACUUCAGCACCCCGAAAACCAGACUUUGGAAAUGGAGACUUGUUUGAUGCCGAGAGUGACAGUGACCGAGACAGUGGGGAUGAAUCAGCCAGGAGUAGUCAUGACGAAGCUGAUGAUGAAGGUUUUGACGAAAGUACAAUUGACCCAAAACUGUUGAAGCAAUUGAAAAGGGGUGCAGCCAAGAAAGAGACUGUCCGGUCCAAACGGAAGGCAAAGGAGGAAGCAAUGAUCAGUAUACAUAGUGAGACACAAAGGAUGGUUAGAGAGUCUAGAGUGAAUAUUCCUUAUUACACACCUAGCCCGAGGCCACUGCAGGACUUUCUGGGACGUGCUUUACAGAAACAGCAGCAGUACAAAGCCCUGAAGGGGGCUAGUCAUUCACGUAAAGCAGAGUUGUGUGAGGAAGUUCUAUCCAAGACCAGAUUUUCCAGUCCUACAUUAUCGUCUACCGAUGGCCAGGGUAUGGAAGUAGACCUUUCGGAUGACACUGCUGAUACGGUCAGUUCAAAGCUUACUGAAACAAACUCUGAGGUACCACACACCGGAGGAGAGAGUGACAGUCUUCCAGAUCUACAUUCAAACAAGGACAAGAUGGGUGACUGUGAUAGUUGUGUAGAACUUCCUGAAGUUAAAUCAACGUGUGAACAAUCUGGUGAUUUAGAUUUUGAUGAAUUACCCGACUUAUUAAUAGAGGAAGAGAAAGCAAAGUCGAAUAAAGAGGAAAAGUUGAGAAUGGAGUCCUCAUUUGAACUUCAGGGUAUUGAAGAUCCGAAAGAAAACAAAAAAACAGAUUCAUAUGUAUGUGAGGACUCGUGUAAGGACAGCUGUGCUACAGAUGUGUGUGAAACUAUUACCACAGACCAACCCAGUAGUGCUGUUAGUGAUAAUGUAAGUGCUGACUUGUCUCACAAAUGUCAGACGGAAGAUACCCCCAGUAAAAAACUGUCUGGUCUAUCAUCCCUCAACCUGUCCUCCCUCCCACGCCUCAGUGGAGGACCCAACUCCUUCAUUAGUCUGGAUGAGGACUCUGGAGACGCCACCCCUAAGAACAAGGAAAUGUCAGUAUUCAUGGACAGAUUUCUAAAACAUUCACAAAAGAAAGAAAAAAAGAAGUGUGAUCAAGACAUUCAGAUCAGUGUUGUACAGAAGGAGAAGAUGGCACCAGACCGUGAGGAACUGAAGGAAAGCACGUUUACCUAUCACAUAACACCAGUGGAGGAAAACCCAUUACUGAAACUGGACACUCCAGGAGCAAAACUGCUGGCUUUAAAGUCUCAGCUGUCAGUGGUGAUGGCCCAGAAAAGGGAGAAGAACCGACAGAAACACCAGCAAGUUUAUGACUUGGACAAUGAGGCAGGCUUUGAGGGAGGGGAGGAAGAAGCUUUACUAGAUGACGAGGCUGAAAUGUCCGAUCAUUCCGACACAGAUGUGGAGGAUGAUGACUUUGAAGAACAGUUUGGAGAUGCUGAUGAGGAAAUGGAAGAGGAUCAAGAACCUAAAGAGAAAAAUCCAUUCAUGGAUGAUGAAGCUGAAGAAGAUGGAGAAAGUGAGAAGGAGGAUGGUGAUCUUAAUCUGAUUUUACAGCUGUCUGAUGACGAGGAAGAAGGUGAAAAUGAAGAAGUGGUAGUGAAAGCUGUGUCAGCCAAGAAAAAGAGCAGAGUUCUUCAGAUCAGUGAUGAUGAGGACAGUAAUGAUGUGGUUGCUUCAGAAGACAAUGCUCAGCAGUUGGUCAGUGUGAAGGACAAACAGUCCGCAGAUCCAGGUGACGACACCCAGCAGUCUGCUGGUUUAAUAGACAGCGCUCAGCAAGCAGCAGGUUCAAAGUCAGUUGAGUCAGAUGUGCCAGUCCCCCAUUUUCUAGUUCCUCACAGUCUGGACGAGCCACAGGCUGACGAGGAAUUCUCUCCCUUUCUCCAAGCAUCUAGCUUCCAUGACAACACACAGAAAAAGCGUCCCAACCUACCACCACCCAUUGAAGACUCCCAAGAUCUCUAUGGCAACAACCAAGCUCUACCUCCAACACAGACACAGUCACAGAGCCAGAUGCCCCUGUUUUACCUGGAAGACUCUCAGUCACAGAUGUUAGAUGCUGAUGGGUUUUUGAAGGUGGGAUCAACAGACAAGAAAAAUGUGCGUUCCUUUGCUGUUGGAAACAUAGACAAUGCAGAGGGAUCUGAUAUGGAUGAACUGCUGGGGCUCUGCUCAGGGCGGUUUGGAGCUACUCAGAGUGAUGAUAAGAAAUCCUGCAAGAGUUUGUUUGGAACCCAGCAAACACAAGGCAACAUGGAUGAACUGCUGGGGCUCUGUUCUGGACAGUUUGCUGGCAGUGGUAAAAUGCCCCAAGAUUCACAGAAGGCCGGGAUGAAGCGCAAGUUACCGUUAGAUGAGGAGGAGGAGGAGGACGAGUUCAGGAUUGUCAGUGAUGAGGAGGAGAAAUUUGACAACAAUGACAAGAAUGAGCUGAGUGAGGACGAUAAUGAUGGAAAGGAUGGAGAUGACACAGAUAAUUUAGAUGAAAGUGGAGACGAGGAAGAUAAUGAUGCACCUCGCAAGUUCGCAGGUUUCACUGCAGGCAAUAAACAUGGACUUAUCAAGAAAGAUUUUGUGGAUGAAGAAGCAGAACUGUCAGGAAGUGAGUAUGACAGUGAUGAAAACUUUGAUAUUGCUGAGGAGGAUGACUUCAUGGAGAUGGAGGAGGGUGAUAAGGAUGCAACAGUAGGAGAGGAAGAGCUCCGGAAUCAGGUCGGCCGCGCCCACUUGAAGCAGUUGAUAGAUGAGGACAAACGCGAGUUGAUGCGGUUCCAGGAGAUGUACCUGCAGGAUGGAGACCUUCAUUCCGAGGGAGCAGGGCGUAAACGACAAUUUAAGUGGAGGAACAUUGACGAUGACACUCAGCAAGACAUGUUUGGAAAUGAAUCGGAGGGAGAGAAGGAGGACGAGGAGGGAGAGAAUGAACUACGAUGGAGGAAGGAGCGAUUUGAGCGAGAAAAAUGGCUCAAGGAACAAAUGGAUCAAGAAAAAGAAGGAGAUGAUAGCCAGUUCUUUAAGUUUGGCAAAGUGUUCCUCAAGAGGAGAGAGUCAGACACCAGUAACACUAGCAGCUCUGUACCCAGAACUCCGACUGAGCCAGACAUUGCCCCAAAGAGGAAGGAUACACCAACCCCGAACUUAAUCAAAUUAUCUGGACAGAAACGUGGCUCCUUUCUCAGCCGAAACAAGGACUCCUUGGCAAAGAUUGCUGAGUUUAACAAGGGCAGUACUAUUGUGAAUCCAGGUGGUCCAAGGAACUCUCGUAACCUCACCUUCCAGGUCAUAUCUCCAGGGAAAGAUAAAGAAAACAAGUCUGGCACUAAGGAUUCUAGUACAAAGCCUACAUUAGGACCUAAGCUGAGGAAAGCUCACACUCCUAACACGAAAAAUAAACCGGCUGCCAAGAAACCUCGGCUAGAGAAAAAGGAGUCUUCUUUCUCACAAAACAGUAUUUUCAACCACAUCUGAGUAUGUCUGUAGAACCAACGGAGGAUGUUCCAUAGCUGACGGCUGAAGAAGGAUGUUCCUUAUCUGAUGGAAAUGGAGAUGUAUAUCUGUAGGGGAAUGUUCCAUAUCUGGUGGAAAUGGGGGUGUAUAUCUCUAGGGGAAUGUUCCAUAUCUGAUGGAAAUAGAGAUGUACAUCUGUAGGGGAAUGUUCCAUAUCUGAUGGAAAUGGGGGUGUACAUCUGUAGGGGAAUGUUCCAUAUCUAGUGGAAAUAGAGAUGUACAUCUGUAGGGAAAUGUUCCAUAUCUGAUGGAAAUGGGGGUGUAUAUCUGAAGGGGAAUGUUCCAUAUCUGAUGGAAAUGGAAAUGUACAUCUGUAGGGGAAUGUUCCAUAUCUGAUGGAAAUGGGGGUGUAUAUCUGUAGGGGAAUGUUGCAUAUCUGAUGGAAAUGGGGGUGUAUAUCUGUAGGACUGAAGGAGGAUGGCUAUAUAUAUAGACCAGGUAUUGGUACAUAUAUGAAGUGGUUGUCAGCAUUUGACACAGUGAAAGUUUUACAAUGUUUUAAACCCUGUAUUUUGUAACAAUUGAUACUUAGUACAGAGUACCAAACAUUGUUGAUCAGUUUUGUAUAUUUGUAUGUAAAGGGGAACAUUUAUCAGAAGCUGUGGUAUUUAGGUAUUGCCUACAGAUAAAACUUCUGUAUCUUUGUAUAUUUUAGCAAAAAGUUCUCUUUACUAGAGAAACAACAGCUGUGCUGGAGAAAUUAAAAUGUUCAAAAUUUUAUUUGUAAUUUUGCUUGUAAAAACAGAUAUCAGUGUUGUGAGGUAUAAACAUAACAGGACUAUAACAAUGUGCCCCACACAUUUAUGAUUUUAUCUUAAAUUAUUUUGGAAACAAGUAGUUUGUAAAUUAAAAUAGAUGAAUCAACAUAGUGUAUAUUGUAUAAACGUUAGUUUUAUGUAUUUAUUUGAUGAAUUUAAUUUUUAGACAGCAAAAUUAUUGCUACAUGUUCUUUGCAUGGUAAAUUUCUUGUUGUCAUGUCACAAUGAAGAUUGUAUAUUACAGACAAUGAAACAAUAUAACUUAUAAAUAGAUUCCUAAUAAAUGGUCUUGAUGAAACAAUGUAAUUUAUAAAUAGAUUCCCAAUAAAUGGUCUUGAUUAACUUAAGAUAUUUGUGUUCACAAAUCCAAAUUAUGAAAUAUUUCAUGUUUGUUUUUGUAUUUUGUGUUUGUCUUUAAAGCACUUGUUUGAAAUUUGUGUUUGUCUUCUGGGGCCCGGUGGCCAAGUGGUUAAGGUGUCCCGUCACUUUAUCACUAGCCCUCGAAACAGUUACCAGGUACUGACUGUAGGUGGUGGUACUCCAGCUUUCUUCCACCUCCAAAACCUUGCACAUCCUUAAAUUACCCUGGCUGUUAAUAGGACGUUGAACAAAAUAAACCAAACCAAAUUGUCUUUAAAACACCUGUUUGUAAUUUAUGUUUGUCUAUAAAACACCUGUUUGUAAUUUAUGUUUGUCUAUAAAGUACAUGUUUGUAAUUUGUGUUUGUCUAUAAAACACCUGUUUGUAAUUUAUGUUUGUCUAUAAAACACCUGUUUGUAAUUUAUGUUUGUCUAUAAAGCACCUGUUUGUAAUUUAUGUUUGUCUAUAAAGUACAUGUUUGUAAUUUGUGUUUGUCUAUAAAACACCUGUUUGUAAUUUAUGUUUGUCUAUAAAGCACCUGUUUGUAAUUUGUGUUUGUCUAUAAAACACCUGUUUGUAAUUUAUAUUUGUCUAUAAAGCACCUGUUUGUAAUUUAUGUUUGUCUAUAAAGCACCUGUUUGUAAUUUGUGUUUGUCUAUAAAACACCUGUUUGUAAUUUAUAUUUGUCUAUAAAGCACCUGUUUGUAAUUUGUGUUUGUCUCUAAAGUACAUGUUUCUAGUUUCUUUUGGUGGAAACAUUUGCUGUGAAUCAUAGCAUGGUGAUGGAUGAUGACUGGAAAUACAUUUUUAUGAUUUCCUGCAAAGUUAGAUAAUUGACCAAUAUGAAGUCAUUGAUUGAGUGGUUAGUACAAACUGUUUUUUCAACUCCUUGUUUACACUUGUCUUUAUACUUGAGAAAGCAUUUUGAGGUAUUUGGAGAAUUAAGAAUUUGCUAUAAUUUUUUAAAGAUUAGAUAUUGCGUUGUGAAUGUCAUUUAUAUUUGGAAGUUUUAAAAGUCAUCUUACAGUUGACAGGAAAUGUGCUAUAUAAAAGUGAGGGUGCUGAGUUGAUAUUAUGACCAUCAUAUCGUCAAUAUGUGUUGAAUGGUGAGAAAUGGAUGUGUCUAGAUGUGUUAAUUAGAAAGUGAUGAAAGCUUGUGAAUGAGUCAUGUUUUUGUCAGUAUUUCCUCUUAGUACAACAUAAAGUACGGUUUUAGUGGUUUGAAUCGCUAUAUUUGGCACUACAGCAAGGACAUUUUUCUAAAUCUAUCUUUCGUUCAUCUAUGUGAUGAAUUUAGAUAAGAUUUUGUUCUGUUUCGGGGGAGGGGGUAUCCAAAGAUCUCAAAGUUUUGGUGCCAUUAAUGGACCCCAUUUCCAUUGAAAUUGUUUCACAUUUAAGCCAAAUUUCCAAAAUUUUCAGUUUACUCCUAAAAUAUCUUUCCCAAUCACUAUUUCCCUUCCAAAAUGAGACAAAAAGGCCCCAUCCCAAACCAGUGAGGAAAAGCCCUGAAGUAUCAUAUUAAUGUUCAUAUUAUUUGUGCUAGGAGCAUGGAAGUCCUGGAGGUUAAUGAAGAAACUGUACACAAUGCUUACAAAUAGAUAAUUUACAACUAAAAAUUUGUGUUUUGUUUCUGACAUUGCGAUAGACUUUGGCUGAUAGAAUAGUGCCAAAUGUAUGAAACGAGCCAAGUUUGUCUGGGUAUAAAAUCACCAUUAUGGAUGAAAAAUUGCAUGUUUAUAGUUGAAGAAUUAUAUGCUGUGUAAAAGUUUAAAACUUGAUACCGAUUUGAUAGAUAAAUAUAUAUUUGUGUAGAUAUAUAAAAUCGUAGUACAAGUGGCAAAGGAAGACAAUUUAUGGGUCGUGCCCUAACUGGGCCUUAAACUCAGUACAUGUGUAUAUGUAUGUAUGGGCAUAUAAAUAAUCAUCGGUAAAGUUGAUUGUUUGAAAGGUAAAAUUCAUCAAAAGACAUCCUUCAUUUUAUUUAUGAGUGUUUGAAUGGUUUAAACGACAUACCAUGUUUCAUAUAAAAAUUGCAAAAUUA